UUGUUUGUUUUAUCUGUUUUUCUGUUUGCGUUAUCUGUUUUUCUGUCUGUCUUUUUCUGUCUGUCUUUUUCUGUCUGUCUUUUUCUGUCUGUCUUUUUCUGUCUGUCUUUUUCUGUCUGUCUUUUUCUGUCUGUCUUUUUCUGUCUGUCUUUUUCUGUCUGUCUUUUUCUGUCUGUCUUUUUCUGUCUGUCUUUUUCUGUCUGUUUUUUUCUGUCUGUCUGUCUGUCUUUUCUGUCUGUCUUUUUUCUGUCUGUCUUUUUCUGUCUGUCUUUUUCUCUCUUUCUGUCUUUCUUUUCUUUGUCUUUUCUUGUCUGUGUCUUUUUCUGUCUGUCUUUUUCUGUCUGUCUUUUUCUGUCUGUCUUUUUUCUGUCUGUCUUUUUUUUGUCUUUUUUGUCUGUCUUUUUCUGUCUGUCUUUUUCUGUCUGUUUUUUUGUCUGUCUUUUUUUUCUGUCUGUCUUUUUCUGUCUGUCUUUUUCUGUCUGUCUUUUUUUCUGUCUUCUGUCUUUUUUCUGUCUGUCUUUUUUGUCUGUCUUUUGUCUUUCUUUUGUCUGUCUUUUUUUUUCUGUCUUUUUUUCUGUCUGUCUUUUCUGUCUUUUUUGUCUGUUUUUGUCUGUCUUUUCUGUCUUUUUUUCUGUCUGUCUUUUUUUUCUUUUUCUUCUUUUUGUCUGUCUUUUCUUCUGUCUUUUCUGUCUGUCUUUUUUCUGUCUGUCUUUUUCUGUCUGUCUUUUUUCUUUUUCUUUCUGUCUUUUUUUUCUGUCUUUUUUCUGUCUGUCUUUUUCUUGUCUGUCUUUUUCUGUCUGUCUUUUUCUGUCUGUUUUUUUUCUGUCUGUCUUUUUCUUGUCUGUUUUUUCUGUCUGUCUUUUUCUGUCUGUCUUUUUCUGUCUGUCUUUUUCUGUCUUUUUCGUCUUUUUUCUGUUUUCUGUCUGUCUUUUUCUGUCUGUCUUUUUCUGUCUGUCUUUUUUGUCUGUCUUUUUUUUUCUGUCUUUUUCUGUCUGUCUUUUUCUGUUUUGUCUUUGUCUUUUUUCUGUCUUUUCUGUCUUUUUUUUGUCUGUCUUUUUGUCUGUCUUUUUCUGUCUGUUUUUCUGUGUCUUUUUCUGUCUGUCUUUCUGUCUUUCUUUUUCUGUCUUUUUUUUGUCUGUCUUUUUCUGUCUGUCUUUUUUCUGUCUGUCUUUUUUUUCUGUCUGUCGUUUUUCUGUCUGUCGUUUUUUUCUGUCUGUUUUUCUGUCUUUUCUGUCUGUUUUUUUUCUGUCUGUUUUUUUCUGUCUUUUUCUGUUUUUUUUUGUGGUCUGUCUUUUUUUGUCUGUCUUUUUCUGUCUGUUUUUUCUGUCUUUUUUUUCUGUCUGUCUUUUCUGUCUUUUUUUUUCUGUUGUCUUUUUGUCUGUCUUUUUUUUGUCUGUCUUUUUCUGUCUGUCUUUUUUGUCUGUCUUUUCUGUCUGUUUUUUCUGUCUGUCUUUUUUCUGUCUGUCUUUUUCUGUCUGUCUUUUCUGUCUGUCUUUUCUGUCUGUCUUUUUUUUUCUGUCUUUUUUUUUCUGUCUGUCUUUUUCUGUCUGUCUUUUCUGUCUGUCUUUUUUUUUCUUUCUUUUUCUUCUUUUUUGUCUUCUGUUUUUCUGUCUGUCUUUUUUUCUGUCUGUCUUUUCUGUCUGUCUUUUUCUGUCUGUCUUUUUUGUCUGUCUUUUUUCUGUUGUCUUUUUUUCUGUCUUCUUUUCUGUCUUUUUUGUCUGUCUUUUUUCUUGUCUGUCUUUUUCUGUCUGUCUUUUUCUGUCUGUCUUUUUUUGUCUGUCUUUUUUUUUUGUCUGUCUUUUUCUGUCUGUCUUUUUCUGUCAUCUCAUUUUUUGUUUCUGUCAGAAUUUUUUUUUGUCAUGUCUUUUUUUGUAUUUUUUUUGUCUCUCAUUUUCUGUCUGUUUUUUCUUUUCAUUUUGGUUGUUUCUGUCUUUUUCUGUCAUAGAGAACAUUUGGUUUUUCUGUUUUUUUGUCAUCUCAUUUUUUUUUUUCUGUCUUUUUCUGUCAUCUCAUUUUGUUUGUUUGUCUUUUCUGUCAUCUCUUUUCUGUCUGUCUUUUUUCUUUGAAUCUCAUUUUGUUUGUUUCUGUCUUUUUUCUGUCUGUCUUUUCUGUCAUCUCAUUUUGGUUGUUUCUGUCUUUUUUUUCUGUCUGUCUUUUUUCUGUCAUCUCAUUUUGUUGUUUCUUUCUGUUUUUUCUGUCUGUCUUUUUUCUGUCAUCAUUUUGGUUGUUUCUGUCUUUUUGUCUGUCUUUUCUUUCAUCUCAUUUUGGUUGUUUCUUUCUUUUCUGUCUGUCUUUUUUCUGUCAUCUCAUUUUGGUUCUUUUGUCAUUUUUUUUUCUGUUUUUUUUCUGUCAUCUCAUUUUGGUUGUUUCUGUCUUUUUCUGUCUGUCUUUUUCUGUCAUCUCAUUUUGGUUGUUUCUGUUUUUUUUUCUGUCUGUCUUUUUCUGUCAUCUCAUUUUGGUUGUUUUGUUUUUUUUCUGUCUGUCUUUUUCUGUCAUCUCAUUUUGGUUGUUUCUGUCUUUUUCUGUCUGUCUUUUUCUGUCAUCUCAUUUUGGUUGUUUCUGUCUUUUUCUGUCUGUCUUUUUCUGUCAUCUCAUUUUGGUUGUUUCUGUCUUUUUCUGUCUGUCUUUUUCUGUCAUCUCAUUUUGGUUGUUUCUGUCUUUUUCUGUCUGUCUUUUUCUGUCAUCUCAUUUUGGUUGUUUCUGUCUUUUUCUGUCUGUCUUUUUUGUCAUCUCAUUUUGGUUGUUUCUGUUUUUUUCUGUCUGUUUUUUCUGUCAUCUCAUUUUUUGGUUGUUUCUGUUUUUUCUGUCUGUUUUUUCUGUCAUCUCAUUUUGGUUGUUUUGUCUUUUUUUGUCUGUCUUUUUCUGUCAUCUUUUUGGUUGUUUCUGUCUUUUUCUGUCUGUCUUUUUCUGUCAUCUCAUUUUGGUUGUUUUUUUUUUUUUUCUUUUUUUUUCUGUCAUCUCAUUUUGGUUGUUUCUGUCUUUUCUGUCUGUCUUUUUCUGUCAUCUCAUUUUGGUUUGUUUCUGUCUUUUUUGUCUGUCUUUUUUCUGUCAUCUCAUUUUGGUUGUUUCUGUCUUUUCUGUCUGUCUUUUUCUGUCAUCUCAUUUUGGUUGUUUCUCUUUUUUUCUGUCUGUUUUUUUCUGUCAUCUCAUUUUGGUUGUUUCUGUCUUUUUCUGUCUGUUUUUCUGUCAUCUCAUUUUGGUUGUUUCUGUCUUUUUUCUGUCUGUUUUUUUCUGUCAAAUUUUGGUUGUUUCUGUCUUUUUCUGUCUGUUUUUUCUGUCAUCUCAUUUUGGUUGUUUCUGUCUUUUGUCUGUCUUUUUCUGUCAUCUCAUUUUGUUGUUUCUGUCUUUUUUUCUGUCUGUCUUUUUCUGUCAUCUCAUUUUUGGUUGUUUCUGUCUUUUUCUGUCUGUUUUUCGUCAUCUCAUUUUGUUGUUUUUUUUUUUUCUGUCUGUCUUUUCUGUCAUCUCAUUUUGGUUGUUCUGUCUUUUUCUGUCUGUUUUUUCUGUCAUCUCAUUUUUUUUCUUUUCUUUUUUUUUGUCUGUUUUUUUUCUGUCAUCUCAUUUUGGUUGUUUCUGUCUUUUUUUCUGUCUGUCUUACAUUUUGGUUGUUUUCUGUCUUUUUCUGUCUGUUUUUUUCUGUCAUCUCUUUUUUUUUUUUGUUUCUUUUUUCUGUCUGUUUUUUCUGUCAUCUCAUUUUGGUUGUUUCUGUGUCUUUUUCUGUCUGUCUUUUUCUGUCAUCUCAUUUUUGUUGUUUCUGUCUUUUUUCUGUCUGUCUUUUUUCUUGUCAUUUCAUUUUGUUGUUGUUGUUUUUCUUUCUGUCUUUUUUGUCAUCUCAUUUUGGUUGUUUUUUUUUUCUGUCUGUCUUUUCUGUCAUCUCAUUUUGGUUGUUUCUGUCUUUUUUUCUGUCUGUUUUUCUGUCAUCUCAUUUUGUUGUUUCUGUCUUUUUCUGUCUGUCUUUUUUCUGUCAUCUCAUUUUUGGUUUUUUGUCUGUCUUUUUGUCAUCUCAUUUUUUUUGUCAUCUCUUUUUUUGUUGUCUUUUUUUGUCAUCUUUUUUCUGUCUGUCUUUUUCUGUCAUGUCUUUUUGGUUCUUUUGGUUGUUUUUUUUUUGUGUCUGUCUUUUCUGUCAUCUCAUUUUGGUUGUUUCUGUCUUUUUUUUUGUCUGUCUUUUUGUCAUCUCAUUUUGGUUGUUUUUUCUUUUUUCUGUCUGUUUUUUUCUGUCAUCUCAUUUUGGUUGUUUCUGUCUUUUUUCUGUCUGUCUUUUUCUGUCAUCUCAUUUUUGGUUGUUUCUGUCUUUUUUUCUGUCUUUUUUCUGUCAUCUCAUUUUUGGUUGUUUCUGUUUUUUUCUGUCUGUCUUUUUCUGUCAUCUCAUUUUGGUUGUUUCUGUCUUUUCUGUCUGUCUUUUUCUGUCAUCUCAUUUUUUUAUGUCAUCUUUUCUGUCUGUCUUUUUUUCUCAUUUGGUUGUCUUUUUUUUUCUGUCUUUUUCUGUCAUCUCAUUUUUUGGUUGUUUCUGUCUUUUUCUGUCUGUCUUUUUUCUGUCAUCUCAUUUUGGUUGUUUCUGUCUUUUUCUGUCUGUCUUUUUCUGUCAUCUCAUUUUGGUUGUUUUGUUUUUUCUGUCUGUCUUUUUCUGUCAUCUCAUUUUUUGGUUGUUUCUGUUUUUUUUCUGUCUGUCUUUUUUGUCAUCUCAUUUUUUGUUUCUGUCUUUUUCUGUCUUUUUUUCUGUUUCAUUUUGUUCUCAUUUUUUUUUGUCUGUCUUUUUCUGUUUUUUGUCUGUCUUUUCUGUCAUUUCAUUUUGGUUGUUUCUGUUUUUUUGUCUGUCUUUUUUGUCAUCUCAUUUUGGUUGUUUCUGUCUUUUUCUGUCUGUCUUUUUCUGUCAUCUAUUUUUGGUUUUUUCUGUUUUUUUCUUUUCUGUUUCUGUUUUUUUUCUGUUUUUCUCAUUUUGGUUGUUUCUGUCUUUUCUUUUUCUGUCUGUUUUUUUUUUCUUUUCAUCUCUUUUUCUGUUGUUUUGUCAUCUUUUUUCUUUCUGUCUUUUUUUCUGUCAUUCAUUCAUUUUUUCUUUCUUUUUUUCUGUCUGUCUUUUUCUGUCAUCUCAUUUUGGUUGUUUCUGUCUUUUUUUGUCUUGUAUGUCAUCUCAUUUUUUGUUUCUGUCAUUUUUUUUGUCUGUCUUUUUUGUCAUCUCAUUUUGGUUGUUUCUGUCUUUUUUUUGUCUGUCUUUUUCUGUCAUCUCAUUUUUUGUUUCUGUCUUUUUUCUGUCUGUCUUUUUCUGUCAUCUCAUUUUGGUUGUUUCUGUCUUUUUCUGUCUGUCUUUUUCUGUCAUCUCAUUUUGGUUGUUUCUGUCUUUUUCUGUCUGUCUUUUUCUGUCAUCUCAUUUUGGUUGUUUCUGUCUUUUUCUGUCUGUCUUUUUCUGUCAUUUUUGUCUGUCUUUUUCUGUCAUCUCAUUUUGGUUGUUUCUGUUUUUUUUCUGUCUGUCUUUUUCUGUCAUCUCAUUUUUGUUUCUUUCUUUUUUUGUCUGUCUUUUUCUGUCAUCUCAUUUUGGUUGUUUCUGUCUUUUUCUGUCUGUCUUUUUGUUAG